GUUGGAUCUUCUUAUACAACCCACCGUCACUUGCUAUAUAUAUUCCUUAACCGCAUGUUGAUUCGAACCUUUGGAAGCUUUUUAGAGAGAGAAGGGGGAGAAGAAGAAGAGAGAGAAAAGAGUCAGAGAAAGCGAGGGAAGCAAUCAGAGAGAUGGCCCGUACGAAGCAGACCGCUCGUAAGUCUACAGGAGGAAAGGCUCCUAGGAAGCAGCUCGCUACCAAGGCUGCCCGUAAGUCAGCCCCAACCACUGGAGGAGUGAAGAAGCCCCACAGAUACCGUCCUGGUACUGUUGCUCUUCGUGAAAUUCGUAAGUACCAGAAGAGUACUGAGCUUCUAAUCAGGAAGUUGCCAUUCCAGAGGCUUGUUCGUGAAAUUGCUCAGGACUUCAAGACCGAUUUGCGUUUCCAGAGCCAUGCUGUGUUGGCUCUCCAGGAGGCAGCUGAGGCAUACCUCGUGGGUCUGUUCGAGGACACCAAUCUGUGUGCCAUCCAUGCCAAGCGUGUUACAAUCAUGCCCAAGGAUAUUCAGCUGGCUAGGCGGAUCAGGGGUGAGCGUGCUUAAGCACGAGUAGCAUGAAAGGUGGGGGGAAUGGUGGCUGCAUGGUGGUGAAUUGAUCAAAUUUGUUGAAUAGUUGUGGUUGAAAGAGGAGGUGUUUUGAUUUCGUUAUUUGAUUAUGUCAAAAUGAAUUAGGUAUAGGUUAGGUAGGGGCAGUAGAAAGUGAAUAUGAUGGUCAGUAGGCAAAGACAAUUUAAUAUGAUUGCCUUUGGGUUAUGGUGGUGUGCGGUGAUGGGUUGAAUUUGUCUCAAUAGAAUGGAGGAAUUUUUAUUUGUUGUCUCUUCUUUUAAUUUGUGUAAUUUUGGAAGCAGCCACACUAAUGGUGUUUAAAACAACUUAAUAUUGCAUCUAAUGUAGUUUAGUUUGUUAUUGUUUUA